AUGUUAGAGGACAAUUUGAUUACAGAAUCAGAAUCUGUAACGACGCCAAUUUUAACGGAAAUUCCUGUCCAACAUGUUCCAAAUGAUACUGAUCACAUAUCCGCGUCGGAUGAUGAGGAUUUUCAACCGAAAUCAAAAACUUCCACUCCCGAUUCGAAACAGUCAGCAACUGUUGUUACAAAACACCCAUUAACAAAAGCAAAAUCAUCGUUAGUUAGUUACCAUUUCUCAGAGGGAGAAGAAGAAGAAGAAGAAGAAAAUGAAAACGAAAUGGAAGAAGAGACACAAACGACAAAUGUGUUGUUGGAAUUAAUGGAUGUUACACCGCUGAAAACUGAAGAUGUAUCUCCUUCAACACGAGAGCUGCCACAAGUUUUGAUAUUUCCGGAAGACAGUGAUAUAAAAAUACCACCAGAGCCAACAAAAUCAUGUUCAGCUAAAUUAGAGAAAAAAUUUGAAGAAUAUUAUAUACGUAUGAAAAAGACCGGCGUCGAUCAUUUAGAUCAAAAUGCAAGAAUACAAGAAUUAAAAGCUUUUCGAAAUCCAAGCAUGUAUGAAAAAAUUGUCGCCCAUUUGGAUAUCGAUGAAAUUGGAACAAAUUUUCCACCGGAGUUCUACAAUCUUCAUUUGUGGGGUAAAGAGAGCUUUUACGACGAACUUGGCAAAGCACAAAAAUUAGAAAUGGAAAAACGAGAGAAAGAACGCAGAGAAAGAACGAGGAUACAAUAUGCGACUGGCAUGAGACGAGUUGAUCUUCCAGAUAUUCGAUCAGGAACAGAAAUGGGUGAUAAACGAAAAACACAUGAAGGAAAACAAAACCAACCAGAUAAAGAAAAUGUGAAGAACCACAGUAUAAAAUCAAAAUUCAAUAGUGAUGAAUUAGGCGGGAAACAUUGUAAUGAAAAUAAAGAACAACAAUUAUUAAAACAUAUUUACGAUGGUUUCGAUAUUACCAUUGACGAAGAAGAAGCAGAACAACAACAACAACGGCAUAAAAUGACAUGGAUAAAUAAAAAGUCAACACCAACAUUAUUCAUCCGAAAGGAACAACAAAUAAAAGCUGGAGGCGCAUCGGCCGAAAAGAAUGACAUGAAAUUACUGUCUUCAGUUCCAACUCAUUCUUCACCAUCCCACGUGCCGUUAAUCAAUCUAUCGUCGUAUGACGAAAAGAAUACAUCAUUAUUGGCUCAAUUAGAUCAGACAAAAGCACAUGAUCUAUUCGUUGAUGAUAAACAACAAAAGAAUAAAGAUGCACAAAUACAAUCUGUUCAAUAUAAUGAAAUGGUUCUAAAUAUAUUACAAGAACAGUCUAUAGAACACAAUUAUUUAAAGGAGGUUCAUAAACAUCCAAAUCUGAUGAAAUUUCUUAGCAACCCUGAUCCAUUAAAAUUGCACAGUCGUCCAUCCUAUGAUGAUAUUCAUGAAUUUGUUAUCCAACAUUUAAAUUCGAAUCAAAAAUCUGGUUUAUACAAAUGCAUUUGUCGUCGUGUAUCAUAUCAAUUGACUUUUGUUCAUUUGCGUGUUCUUGUAUGUAUGAAUAAAAAUGCAAGAAGUAUUUAUGAAAAGACUAUGGAAGCUCGACAAUUUUAUUGUAGAACAGCAACAUUGGAUGAACGUAUUAACUAUGAAAUUAGUAAACGUUAUAAAAAUCAUCCAUAUCUAAAAUAUUUAAUAUCCGAUCAAGAAUUUACGCCUAUUAUUGAAUACUUAUCAGAAACUGAUCAGAAAUCAUUCUUUAAGCGUCCACCAGUUACUGACAUUUAUUUUUUCAUUAGAAAAUAUUUAGAUAAUCGUAAUGAUACAGCAGCAAUGUGUUCCAAGAUUUCACUCGUUCUUGUAUCCAUUCAUCAAUCAUUAUUAAGAUUCAAUUCGAAAGAUCAAUAUAAAAAGUCAAAACAGACGAUGAUAGUUAGGAAAAUAUCAACAAAAAAAGCAAGAUCAACAGAUAAAAAAUUUGAUACGUGUUUUUCAAGUUAUAUUGAAAACGUAUCGUGCAAAUAUCGUCAUUUAGCAAAAAUUUUAGAAAAUGAUACGGUCCUUGAGUAUCUUUAUCAAACUGAUCCAGAUACUUUUUAUUCAAUGUUACCACGUAAAUUUAUUAAAUCACUUGUAGAAAAAACUGAUAAUGAAGAAUGUAGACUUGUUGAUUUAAGACGAAUUCAAGAUCAUUUAUUAAGUAUACAUCAAACUUAUCUAAAUUCAGUAAUAAAGAUUUAGAUAUGUUUUAUUUUUUUGUUUCGAAUUCAAAUGUAAUGUUACUUUUUUUGAAUCUAUUCUAUAGAAUCAAAAAGUAAACUUCACGUUUUUUUUAACAGUUAGGUAUGUAUCAAUAAAGAAUAAGGUUUUUGUACAUUUUCUUUUUACAGUUGUUAAUAACCAUUUGAUAUAAUAUAUUCAUUAGAUGUUAUUUUUCUACAAACAAAUAUUGCUUGUCAUUGAUAAAGAUUUAAAAUCUGACGAAUAGUAGUUGAUAGUAGAAGUUACUUUUAGCAAGAAUUAUUACUAACACAAAAAUAUUCGAGUUAUUUCAUUGUGUUAUAUAUUUGUAUCGGAUAGAAAAUUAUAGGAAAGAUCAGACGCUAGGACACACGAUGCAGAAGUAAGACAUAAGCCGCCUUACUGCACACUGACAUUAGAACGUUGGAAUGCAGAUGAAUACUAGCAUCAUCCUCACCUAUUCACGGUCAAAACAAGAAGAUAGUUAUAUGCUGAAAUAUUAGAACAAUUUGAAGAGUAUUCUCUUUUGGAAUAUAUUCAUUUGGAUCAUAAAAGAUAAAUUCAUGAAUCAGAAUAUUCAUUAAAACGAAUUUUAAAGUCUUAAUGUCGUUGUGUUCUAAAGUCAGUAUAUCAUAAAAAAUGAAAAUAUUUUUGAUUACAGCAGUGGCCCAAUGCCGUUUAGAUGAAAUGGCGAAAGAGUUAAACAGAAUUGUAGGUUGUAUAUAGCGUCUAUUAGAUCCUCGAUUCCGAAUAGAAACUGGAAAAAAAGACGUAGAAGCGCAAUCUCAAUUGAUUUUCCAAAUGAAUAAUUGAAGAACUGUGAGUGUUAAGUAUGAGAUCAACGUUUUAUGUUGAAAGCAAGAACUGUAGAAAUGAAUAUUGAAUAACGUCGAAUUUCUGAAAUUGUUCACAAUUAGUUAAAAUUUCUAGAAUCCUUUAUUAAAUUUAGUUAUCUCUGAUGAUUAAUUAAUUCAAUAAUCCUUGCCGUUGGUACAAAAAAAUUAAUUUCUAUUAUCUCAGAAUUCUACGAAUUAUACCGCAUCCAGCAUAUUGAACGACUUUGACGAGUUCAAAUAUUUUAUGACCAGUACAAGAAUUGAAGAAUUUGCCCAUGCUCGAUGUGUCAUAGUUACACUAGAAAUAUCAUAAUUCCUUAAAUAUAACGAAUUAAGAGCCGACAUUUCUGUGAUUCUGCUAAUAGUCUAUUGUCCUCAGGAUAAAACUUUAUUAUCUUACAUCCGAUUUCGAUGGCGCUUACAGUGAUUGAUGCUUACUGUCCACCUAGCUUGUGUUAAAAAUAUGAGCUCGAAACGUUAAAGCGUUGAUGUGUUAUUGCAUGACAACGAGCAAAAUGGGGCUCUUAGCAAAAACGUUAAGGCUUUAUACCAGAGCCCUGCCGGUUGAUCCUAAUCUAACCUAACCUAACCUAUAGGUUAGGUUAGGAUUAGGUUGCAAAAGUUAUAGGCUAGGUUAGGUUAUAGGUUGUUCUAUUUUUUUUUCAAUGGUUAGGUUAGGAUUAGGUUGUCGAAUCCAUA